CUCAUCUUUCACCAUCGCAAACAUGGCACAAAACAAGCUGGUCCUUAUUUUCGGCGCCGGUCCUAACAUCGGUGCUGCAGUCACGAAAACAUUUCGCUCCAACGGCUACAACGUAGCUCUGGUCAGCCGCAAGGGCGCUUCCGAUGAUGCUGACCUCGAGUGUCAGCACUUGAAGGCGGAUCUUACGCAACCCCAUGCAGUGGCCGAGCACGGAUGCGCACCAAAUGUCGUUAUCUACAAUGCUGCAUCGGUACACUUCUCACAAAUAGACAAUCCGCUCAACAUUGAGCAAACGGAUUUUGAGGCAGACCUUGCUGUCAACCUCGUGUCGGCUUACGUUGCGGCCCAAUUAGCCGUUAUUGGGUUCGAAAAGCUCCCAGCGGACAUUCCGAAGUCCUUCAUUUACACCGGCAAUGCAUUAAACGUCACACCGCAUCCUCUUGUUCUCACACUGGGAGUGGGCAAGACCGCCAUGGCUCACACAAUCGAAUGCGCUGCUGGUGCUUACGCGGCCAAAGGGUGGACGUUUUACUACGCUGAUGAGCGUUUUGAAGACGGUAGCCCAGUCCGCGACCAAAUAAAUGGUCCGGCGCACGCAGCGAGGUUCUGGGAGCUCAGCCAGGACAGAACACAGCAUCCUUGGAUGGACACAUUUGUUGCAGGCAUUGGUUACAAGAAGUUUGAACCCAAACCAUUCUCCCUCUAAAUAAGAAAGUUCAGGAUAUCGUUGGAUUCUGGGUUCACAUCAUGCGGGAGUCUGUUGAAUGACACGAAUUUCUCAACGAUAACCGAUGUUGCUUCAAAAAAGCACAUUGUAGCUACCCAGCGUAACGCUGAUAGCAUCUCAGCUCAGCGAAGUAGUUGUUCGCAUUCUAUGGUACCAUCUCAGCGUGAUUGUAUUUCCAGGUCCUUGCCUAAUGAGAGUAUUGAUGAUCAUCCUAGGUUCCAGUACGAUAGAUUAAGACCAGCGCAUCCACUGUCAUAGACCGUGGGCG